AUGGAGCCGGGGCUGCUGCGGCCGGCGCCGGUGAGCGAGGUCAUCGUCCUGCACUACAACUACACCGGCAAGCUCCGCGGCGCCCGCUACCAGCCCGGCGCGGGCCUGCGCGCCGACGCCGCCGUGUGCCUGGCAGUGUGCGCGCUCAUCGUGCUGGAGAACCUGGCCGUGCUGUUUGUGCUAGGGCGCCACCCGCGCUUUCAUGCGCCCAUGUUCCUGCUCCUGGGCAGCCUCACAUUGUCUGACCUCCUGGCGGGCGCUGCCUACGCAGCUAACAUCCUGCUCUCCGGGCCGCUCACGCUGCGGCUGUCGCCCACGCUCUGGUUCGUGCGAGAGGGUGGCGUCUUUGUGGCGUUAGCCGCAUCGGUGCUGAGCCUCCUGGCCGUCGCGCUCGAGCGCUGUCUCACCAUGGCGCGCCGGCGACCCGCGCCAGCAGCCCGGCGAAGACGCACGCUGGCGCUGGCGGCCGCCGCCUGGGGCUUGUCGCUGCUCAUCGGGCUACUCCCGGCGAUGGGCUGGAAUUGCCUCGGCCGCCUCAACGCCUGCUCCACCGUCCUGCCACUCUACGCCAAGGCCUACGUGCUCUUCUGCGUGCUCGCCUUCCUCGGCACCAUGGCUGCCAUCUGUGCGCUCUACUCGCGCAUCUACUGCCAGGUGCGCAGCAACGCGCAGCGCCUUGGGGAGCGCGCGGGUACCGCUGGGGUCUCCUCCAGAGCGGCGCGCCGCACGCAGCGCUCGCUGGCGCUCCUGCGCACUCUCAGCAUAGUGUUCCUGGCCUUUGUCGCGUGUUGGGGCCCCCUCUUCCUGCUGCUCUUGCUCGACGUGGCGUGCCCGGCGCGCGCCUGCCCAGUGCUCCUGCAGGCCGACCCCUUCCUUGGUCUGGCCAUGGCUAACUCUCUUCUCAAUCCCAUCAUCUACACGCUCACCAACCGCGACCUGCGCCACGCGCUCCUGCGCCUCAUCUGCUGCGGCCGCCGCCCCUGUGGCCGAGGCCCCGGAGCCUCCCGGCGACCCGGGAGCGCCGCUGGGGCUUUGGAUGGCCUGCACCGCUGGCUGCCCCCCAGCCUGGAUGGCAGCUCCAGCCGCUCUGAGCACUCCUUGCCCCAGCGGGACGGGCUGGACAUCAGCUGCUCCACCGGUGCACCCACAGCCGCAGGGACCCUGGUACCCACACCAGCCACAGAAUGA